AUGAGAUUUUCUUCUUCUUACACAACCGUGCUUCUUACGGUGAUCUUUAGUGAUACUCUAGUUCAAGGCCUCUCAUCUACGGACGAAUAUAGAGAUGCAGAUCUGCAGCAAACAGGAUAUUUGACUAAUCAUAACAUGGAUCCGGGAAUUAUUGACAGCUCAUCAUUUGGCCAGCUGUGGAAAAUCGCUUUCAAUUACCAAGAACAGUUCUAUGCUAAACCUCUAACAUAUACGCCACUUACAGGCGGCCCUCAGUUGCUAUUUCUUGCAUCCAACCAAAACUAUAUCAGAACCCUUAAUGCCGAGACUGGAGUUCUCAUAAAUUCAAGACAAGUUCACACUCCUUUCUUACAAUCUGAUAUAGGAUGUACAGAUAUUCCCAAUUACAUCGGUAUCAUAGGCACACCAACUAUCGACCCCGCCACUGAUAUAGCAUAUUUCUUUUCCAAAACUUAUAUACCAAACUACAGAGUUCCAGGAAAUACUGGAACGGCAAAUGGUGUUUACUACUUUCAUGCAGUCAACAUCAGUACUUUACUUGAUGUAGAUUCUUACCCAAUACUCAUUGACGGCGCAAUUGCAGAUAAUGCCCCUCAAAAACAUUUUACAGGAGGAGUCAUUCUACAACGUCCUUCAUUGACACAAGUUGGAAGUGUGGUAUAUGGCUCCUUUGGGGGUCAUUGUGAUCUGUUCAAUUACACUGGUCUUGUAAUGGGCAUCGACGUUAACAAAGCCAAGAUUAUCACAAAUUGGGCGGUAGAAAGUGGACCACUAGUUCCGCAAACAAAUAUUUUGCUUGAUGGAGGUGGAGGCGGAGAAGGUGGUAUAUGGAUGAGUGGAAUGGGGUUGGCAACUGACGGAGCUAGGAUUUUCCUUGUAUCUGGUAAUGGUGGUGCUCAUCAAAACCAAGGGACACCAGCUUCAGGUUCGAGUGGUUGUCAAACACUAGGAGAAGCAACCAUAAAUCUAGCCUUGGAUAGCACUGGUGUAAUAUCCGUAUCGGAUUACUUCCAACCUUAUGACUAUCAGAACAUGGAUGCUGGUGAUCAAGAUUUUGGUAGCGGAGGCAUUGUUCUACUCGAUCCGACAGUAUUCAAAGGUACAGGUGUAGACAAGAUGGCCGUUACUGCUGGAAAAAAUGGGAAAAUUUAUAUCUUGAAUGCGAACAACCUUGGCGGAUAUAAGCUAGGACCUGGACAAACGGAUAAUAUCUUGCAAACAAUCGUCACGAGUGCUGCAGUAUUUGGUGCAUGCGGCUCUUAUCCCCUUGAGGGCGGUUUCAUCUAUUGUACUCCAGUCGGCUUGGCAACAUCAGUCUAUCAGCUCACAUUCACAUCUAGUGGUCUUCCCCAAUUUUCCAAAGUUGGCCAAACGAAUGAGGUCUCUGCAGGUCGUGUUGGAGUUGGAAUACCAACUGUCACUAGCUUCAAUAAUCAAAUCGGUACAGCAAUUCUGUGGAUGACAGACCCUGAUGCUGGUCUCCGUGCGUGGUAUGCUGUUCCCCAGAAUGGUGUUUUACAAAAAAUCAAGCUACCUCAAAUAGGAGGCGCAAACAAAUUCCAGCGUCCAGCUUUCGGAAAUGGUCGAGUUUAUACAACAGAUUCAAACGGCGUUCUUUACUGUCUCGGAGCACCUGUCAAUCUUCCUCUAAACUGUACUUCUCCAAUUGAUUUUGGCAUCGUUGCGCUUGGAGAUAAGUCUGUCCAGACCGUUAGUUGUACAACCAAUAUUGCGAUUACUUCAAUAAACGGUGCAACUGUUGGAAAUGGGUAUUUCUCCGUUGAUAAUUCAACAUUGCCAACAGGUCCCUUGAAAAAGGGGGCCACAUUUACAUUUCCUGUCACCUGGGACUUAUCAAAUAUUCAAAUUGGAGCAACGCCGAAUACGUCUUUUGGAAGUGUAUCUCCUGGAAUAAAAAGCACACCAUUGACAAUUUUAACGACAAAUGCUGUCCCCGGCUUUGCUACUCUCUAUCCAAUAAGUUUGACUGGUACAGAGGUAUCCUCAAAGCCCUUUCUAGCUAUUGCUCCAACUACAGUGGAUUAUGGCGGAAUUGUCAUUACAAAUGAAAGCGACAUAAAUCCCCAAUCAGCUAUCUUUACGAUAUCAAAUAAAGGCUUGAUGGCCAUGACAAUCAUGGGGUAUGCAUAUACUGCGGAUGACCUAGAUGAUAGUCCGAUAUUCAUCAACAGUACUGUGAUAAAUGGGACAUGGGAUUUGGGGUUUGGUUACUUCAGUGCAGUAGGUCUUCCGGAAAUUGGGAGUCAGAUCGCCCCUAGCUCACAGAUAUCUAUACAAUCUUCCUUUGAACCAACCAACGGAACCGGAUCAUAUAAUUCUUAUUGGCAAGUCUGGUCCGAUGGAGGUACAGUCAACAUCAUCCUUGAGGGUAUUGCCUCAACUGCUCCAAUAACAAAUUUUUCGAUAAGCAAUGGCGAAGGUGGAUGGCUUCCUCAAGCCGACCUUCUUAUGGACUUUGGCAGAGUAGCACCUGGAAGCUCAUCUUCCCAGCAGAUACGAAUUUGUAAUGUUGGAGGCUCCUCAUUGGAGAUCAGUAAGAGCAAACCACCAAAUGGCGUCUUUCACAUUAGUGACCCAACGGAAUUGCACGAAUCACAACAGAUAGCUGUCAAUGAUUGUGCGUAUGGAACCGUUAUUUUCUCAGCAAAUGUGGAACAAUACAAUAAGCCAGACCUUGUAAUCAACAAUACUUGGACUUUGAAUACAGAUGAUGUCAAUUGGGGAGUUCACAUUGUUGAAAUCACUGGGACUGUCAUCUCGAAGAAGGUUGGUCCAGUAAAUUCUACUACUGGUCAAACAAUCUAUAAUUAUCUCGGAUGCUUUCAAGAAUCUAAUAUUGGACCACGUCUAUUACCCAAUCAAGGGUAUACACCUAACAUCACUGCAAACAGCAAUAAUAUGUGCCAAGAAGCAUGUUAUGGACUCGCACAAUACAGCUUUGCUGGUACAGAAUAUACUAGCCAAUGUUGGUGCGGCAAUACUCCACCACCAUUAGCCUCACAGGAUCCUACUAAUGCAUUGUGCAAUUUUGCUUGCCCGGGUGACCCGACCGAUGGAUGUGGGGGAACUGGCUAUGUUUCCGUUUUCUAUAACCCUACAGAAUAUGUGGCUGGAUCUGAUCCAGCAUUGUAUGGACCCAAGACAGUCAAUAGUGUCGGUAAUUACAAUUAUUUGGGAUGUUAUAGUGAAGCCACAACUGGUCGUGCUUUGGGUGGUUUAAGCCCUCAAGCACCAUCUACAGGAUUUACAAUCGAAUUAUGUGCAACUGCUUGCAAAGCAUUUAUAUACUUUGGUAUGGAGUAUGCCAACGAAUGCUAUUGUGGGAAUGUGUUAGGUGUCGGCUCGGUCAAUCAGACUAGUGGUACUCCAAGCAUUAAUGGAUGUUCCAUGCUUUGUAAGGGUAAUACCAAAGAAUAUUGCGGUGGGCCAGGAAAACUUGAUGUGUAUAUGCUGCACACAGUAGCUUCUUCGUCGCCAUCUAUGAUCUCGACUAGUACAACUAUAUCUACCACCAGCUCAAGUGGUGCUUCUUCGACUUCUACGACGCAGAAUAAUACGUCAAAUUCCACAUCGAUUUUGUCGUCCUCAACAUCUCCAACAACGUCUACACCCUCAACAAUAUCAAAAACUUCAACAACUUUGGCAAUUCCUACGCCCACAGGCCCCAUCACGGUAACGAAUGUUACAGGCUAUAACUAUCUAGGAUGCUACAGUGAAGCGACCACAGGUCGUGCCCUCUCUGGUCUACGGCCUGCGCCUCCUAUCGGAGGAUUCACAAUAGAAUCCUGUCAAUCAAGCUGCUCGGCCUUUGGGUAUUUCGGAAUGGAGUAUUCUAAUGAAUGCUAUUGUGGUGUUACCAUAAAUGCCGGCUCAGUUCUUCAAGAAAGCACCAUCCCAAGUCUUAAUGGAUGUAAUAUGUUGUGCGCUGGAGAUUCUGGAGAAUACUGUGGAGGUGGUUCCAGACUCAACAUGUACCAAUUUAAUGACACUAUCUCGGCACCAUCAGGACCAAUCACAGUCAUGAAUUUAACGGGUUGGAGUUAUUUAGGAUGCUAUAAUGAAUCUACAAGGGGUCGUGCUUUGAGUGGUUUAGAAAAUCCAAUUCCGGGAAUGAACAACAGUGUGGAGGCUUGUUCUAUGGCCUGUGAUGGGUGGACUUAUUUUGGUGUUGAGUAUGGAGAUGAAUGCUACUGCGGAUCAAACAUAAAUGCAGGCGCAACACUUCAAUCAGGCUUAUUACCGAGCACAACAGGAUGCAAUAUGGUCUGUGCUGGCAAUGGGACGGAAUUAUGUGGAGGGAGUUUGAGGUUGAAUUUAUAUCAGGUCGGGUGAGGGGUGAAGUUAUGAUGAGAGAGCGUUAGAGGUAUAUUCGUUUAUAGCUUGGCAUCUAGCUGAGCGCUUUUGCUUUUAAUUGAUCUUAAGCUUCCGUUUAUGACGAAAGAUUAAUACCAGAGUGAGGAUAUGAGAGAUGGUGGGAAUGGAAGGAAGUGGAAAGACGGGACAUCUUUUGCUUUUAGAUAGUAUUUUAUCGUUGCGGUGGCUUUAAGUAAAUUUCU